AUGCAAAACGUUCCGGCAUUCUUGAACAAGUUAUACAACAUGGUCGAUGAUCUAACAACAGACGAUCUUAUACGCUGGGCAGAUGAUGGCAUGUCGUUUAUUGUGCUACGCCAUGAAGAUUUCGCCAAACGUGUCCUGCCACGAUUUUUUAAGCACAGUAACUUCUCGUCGUUCGUUCGUCAACUUAACAUGUAUGGCUUUCACAAGGUGCCACAUCUUCAGCAAGGCGUUUUGCACGCGGAUGGUGAAGCUGAGCGAUGGGAAUUCAGUAACCCGCAUUUCCAGAAGAACCAGCCGGAUCUAUUGCUGUUGGUAACUCGGAAAAAGGGCAGGGAUACCGAGGAGAAAGAACCUGCAAACAUAGACAUGCAUCACAUCUUGGACGAAAUUUCAGCAAUCAAAAAACACCAAAUGAGCAUCAGCGCGGAUUUAAGGACGAUUCAGCGGGAUAAUCAGGUACUAUGGCAAGAAACGAUGUCUGCACGCGAGCGCCACCAUCGUCACCAGGAAACUAUCGACAAGAUCCUGCGGUUCCUUGCCUCGGUGUUCUCGAGUGAUAAGAAGCGUGUGGUUAUACCAAGAAAACGAAGGUUCCUGAUAGGGGAUGCCAAUACGGAAUAUAAAGAUGAGGAUUUCUUGGAAGAAGGCGAGGACGAGAUUGAAGACGGAAGACGGACGAAGGCUCCUCGGCAAUCUGCAUCGUUUGAUAUUGAUGAUUACGUCAAUAGCAGCAGUGAUAGUAACAAUGCCAAUGACAGCAGCAGUAGCAGCAACAGCAAAUCUAUACCCAACAUGUCGUACAGCACAUCAAAUGCUGCGGGUUUGGGAAGAUCUGACGUUUCUGAUGCACAAGCAACUGAGCUAGCUGCGGCAAUUGCACUCAAUGAUGAAACGAAGCAGCAGAACCAGCAGCAGCAGUUACAAUUACAGCAACACUUGAACAAUGGUAAGGCUUUGAUUUCUGCUUAA